AGAGUGAAAACACACACAGGGGUGAGAAAGCUUGAGUUUCAGAGAGCAGAUAGGUGCAUGAAUACACAGAGCAGAAGAAAACAGAGUGACACUCUGAGUAAAGAGUGAGAGAGGGAACACACAGUGUGCGAGGGGGACAGAAGGAGGACGCGUGUUGGGUGUUUUGCAGCUGGUCUGGGAUCAUGUCUCUGAGUGGGAAGGUGGCUCUGGUGACAGGGGGGGCGCAGGGUAUCGGAAGAGCGGCGGUCCAGUCACUCCUACAGAGCUCAGCUAAGGUGGCCGUUGUCGACUUAAACGCGACCUGCGGAGAACAAUGCAAGGCACAGCUGGAUGCUGAGUUUGGAGAGGGAAACUGCACCUUUAUCCCCUGUGAUGUGUCCAAUGGAGACGCUUUGAGAGAUGCAUUCCAGGCAACGGUGGACAAGUUUGGACGCCUGGACAUCGUCAUCAACAACGCCGGCAUCAACAAUGAGAAGAACUGGGAGAAGACCAUCCAAGUCAACCUGACUUCUGUUAUCAAAGGGACCUACCUGGGCCUGGAACACAUGAGUAAAGAAUACGGCAAGGAAGGAGGCACAAUAAUUAAUGUUUCUUCUAUGGCAGCUUUCCUGCAUUCUCCUCAUCAGCCCGUCUACACUGCAACCAAACAUGGAGUCAUUGGCUUCACCAGAGCGAUGGCGGAUGCGUCCUCUUACGGCGAGUACGGUGUCAGGAUCAACGUCCUGUGUCCCGCCUUCGUGGACACCCCUCUGCUGCACUCGGUGGAAGACGAGGACAACAUGGGAAAAUUUGUCAAGUUCAAGGAUGAUUUCAAACGCAGCAUGACCAAGUUCGGAGUGUUACAGCCGUCAUUGAUAGCAGAGGGCAUGAUGAGGCUGAUCAUGGACUCCUCUCUGAACGGAGCGGUGAUGAAGAUCACCUGCUCAAAGGGAAUCCACUUCCACACGUACGAACCCAUGUCUGCCUGAGACCCAAACACGCUGGACUCCACACUGCUGCUGAGGAGAAAAACACAUGCCUCUUUAUUCUUACUGCAGCGGAGCACAGACUGGAUCAGGAUCACAUCUGACUGCUGUAGGAGUUUUUUUUUUUGACAAGAACUAAAUCAGAGCUUCGUCUGGAUUCUACUGGAAGAACUGCUCAACACUGCCUCAUUAUGUAAACACCUGUAUGUCUCAGUGAUAUCUGAAAGUCAUGUUUAAAGAAUCAUACAUGUAAGAGUUUUCCACAGCCAACAUUUAAACCUUUGACACACAGAAGUUAUAGAUCCUUUUGACUGAGGUUUGAGUUCAAGGGAAUAUUUGCGGGCCAGUUUCAUCCACCUCAGACUCGACUGAUUCACUAUGCAUCUUCUUUGUUAUUAUAGAAAAUGUAACAGUGAUUAUUUAACAGCUGUUUUUUAUGAUUUGUGUUUAAAAAUAAUAAUAAAAUAUAGUGUGAAAA